AUGUCCGCCGACUUCUGGGCCGGCUACCUCAGCGGCGCCGCAGGUAUCCUCAUCGGCAACCCACUCGACCUCGUUAAGACGCGCAUGCAAGCCGGCCCAGCACCCGUUUCCGUUUCUUCCCAAACUACGACCAUCCCCAACCGCGCUGCUGCGGGAGCGAUCGCGCAGCCACAGACGUUUAGGAGCCAUUUCGAACAUGCGGGGACGUUAGUUAGGGGUACUACAGCCCCCAUCCUCGGCUACGGCGCCCUGAAUGCCAUACUCUUCGUGAGCUACAACCGCACGCUCGAGCUCCUCGGCGACGUACCCUCCGCGCCCACAAGCCUGGCGAAAGUAUGGUGGGCCGGUGCUGUAGGAGGCCUGGCUACCUUCGUGGUGUCGGCGCCCACGGAGCUGGUGAAAUGUAGGGCGCAGGUGUCGAGGGGGAAGACGACUUCUUGGUCGAUUGCGAGGGAUGUGUGGAAGAGGGAUGGGGUUCGGGGGUUGUAUUAUGGCGGGGCGAUAACGAGCGUGAGGGAUGCGGUGGGUUAUGGGUUCUACUUUUGGUCCUAUGAGUGGAGUAAACAAGCUAUAAGCUCGCCCGAAGAUACGGACAAGGCGACGGCAUUGAAGGUUCUGUUAUGUGGAGGAUUGGCUGGCAUAGUGACAUGGGCCUCCAUAUUCCCGCUGGAUGUCAUCAAAACCAGAGUGCAGACCCAGGUUCUGUAUCACAAGACCGAGCACAAUGUAGAACACCAGGCGCUGCUUCACCCACGCGGCCUUGGUCUAGAUAGGGAGAAGAGGCUCAGCACUCUUCAAAUUGCCAGGCAGGCAUACCAAUCUGAAGGCGCUAGCGUCUUCUUCAGAGGGCUGGGGAUAUGUUCUGUCCGAGCAUUCAUUGUCAACGCUGUCCAAUGGGCCGUGUACGAGUGGAUGAUGAGGCUGUUGCAACCAAUAUGA